GCGCAUGCGCAGUGACAGUCUGAAAGUGAUAGGGCAGGAGGAUGGAUGCUCUGGUGAUCAUGCUUCAGUUAAAGACCUGAUACGCGGCCGGUCAUCCACCUGAAGUAAGUAAGAAACUUAAUCAGAAUACAUGAGUGAUUGAGAAAUAGUCACUUGUAAUUAUUGUUUUUAUUGGAGUAUUAACAUGAUGUGGAAUAUGUGGCUAGCUUGUUAGCUAGUGAGGCUAAACAACAAAACGCUGUCAGAUACAGUGGUUUGAAGCUGACAUUUACCACAGAUGUUAAACCUUGUCAGAGAAGACUUAAAGAUUGUGACUUGUGGUGUUUGUGUAAAAUAGGCUUGAGAUGGGGAAAGGCUGUAAGGUAGUGGUGUGUGGUCAGGCAGCAGUUGGGAAGACUGCCAUCCUGGAGCAGCUGCUGUACGGAAACCACUCUGUAGGUAAGGCUCACCCUGAAUAACCAUAAGGAAAUAACACCAGACUGAGCGCAAGAGUCUUAGAGUCUCCUUACUGACUGGGUUAUUGUCUGUGUAUCCCAGGCUCAGAGUCCAAUGAGACCCAGGAGGACGUGUAUGUGGCCUCAGUGGAGACUGACCGGGGUGUGAAGGAGCAGCUGAGGCUUUAUGACACCAAAGGCCUCCACGAUGGACAAGACCUGCCCAAACACUACUACACUGUGGCAGACGGCUUCGUGCUGGUCUACAGUGUUGACAGUGUGGAGUCUUUCAAGAAGGUGGACGUACUGAAGAAGGAAAUAGACAAGUCCAGAGAUAAGAAAGAGGUGUGGCUGGGUCAAAGUGUGCUUUCAAUACAAUCUAUUCUGUCUGUAUUCUUUCUUUAGUGCAGAGAAUAUCAGCCUUGUCAUAAGAAAUGUUGCUGCACUUAGCAUUGCCAGACCUCCACAAAAAGUUAAAAGCAAUUUCAGGCAAGACUGACUGCAUUUUCUGUACAGUUUCAGCCACUGAGCCGUGCCCCAGCUGUUUGCACUGAAUGAAUGCUUUUGGCUGCUCCUGAAAAAUAGCUGAAUCUCCAUCCAACCUAAGGCACAGCUUACUUCCUGUCUCUAGAGCGAUUAUGACUUUUAAUUUUAACUCUGCAUACCCACCUCCAUGUAAAACUCAAGUUUCUUUAUGUUUUACUUUUUUCCCUCUUACUUGCUCCUGAACCAGGGUGCAUUUUGCCUGUUUCCCCAGUGCCUGGCAGCUUUAGCCUUUCUUCUCUAAUUGGUCAGAAGUUGUAGUUAAUCAUGGCAGAGCUAGAUGAGUUGUAAAAUGACAAAACAGGUCUCCUCACUCUUCUCCAACUGACUUGGUGCUCUGUACAAAAGUAAACUCAAAAUCCAGGCCUCAGAGAUAAUCAGGCACUGCAGAGAAUAUAUGCCUUUGGAUGGGGCAGUUCUGGAUAAAUCACUCAGUCAUGGAGGGAGAAUAAAAAGUGAUAAACUGGACCGAUGUCCUGUAACUUUCCUGGUAGGAAGAUUGGCAGUACCUACUAUUUUCAAUUUUACAGUUCAUGGAUUACAAAUGAGAACUGCAAGCCUUCACUCCUAAACUUUUUUCAAGAGUUACUUUUGGACAUUUUUGACACAUUUCCUCAGUUGAAAGUAGUCUCUCACAUUCAGCAUGAGCUGAAUCUGUAGUCAUGGUUGACUUUAUAGCAUUUAAAUGAACUAACUGAGCUGUUACACCUCAUUAUUUAUGGAUUGUGUAAUUUCCUUGGCUUCAAAAUAAACUUACACUCUAACUAACCAACUACUCUCUUGGUUCAAACAUGUUCGUUCUAUCCUCAGGUGACUGUAAUAGUUCUGGGGAAUAAGACAGACCUGCGUGAGCGUCGUCAGGUGGAUCAGGAGAUGGCGCAGCAGUGGGCUCGAGGAGAGAAGGUGAAGCUUUGGGAGGUGAGCGUCACCGAAAGAAACACCCUCAUCGAACCUUUUACCCAGCUGACCAGCCGCCUCACACAGCCUCAGAGCAAGUCUUCAUUCCCUCUGCCAGGACGCAAAAGCAAAGGCACUCCCUCCAACGACAUUUGAAGCUCUGAAGACACCUCUCAUAUACACACAUGUACACACACACAAAUGUCUUUCUGCUUCUGUUAGCAUGCUGCAUUCACCUCACAUGGAAAUAACAACAAGAAAUGUCCAUCUUUUGCACAUACAUUGCAUUCAGUUAUGCACACAUUCCUCGUUAAACAGUAUGAGAAACAUGUUUUUUCUGCUUUCCACCAAGACUUAGGUGAAAGAUUGACAUGGUGUGUGUUUGCUCGGUGCAAAGAUUCAAUCAGGAGGUGGUUAAUGUGGGUCAGGACAGGGUCUGGGAGAAUUGAGGAACAGUCUGGCAGGAGAGAAAGGGAAAAUUAUGUCUCAACAACACAUAUCCCAAUUAUUAACAUUUAUAUCUCUCCUAUUCUGCCCACAAGCCAGAAAAAAAGUCAUGUGCUAAUCGUAAAGAACAACAAGUCAUGCUUUUGCCUUAAACUUCAUUUCAGUAUCUCUUACUGUCAUGCCAGCUACCAGUCAGAGAGCAAAGGUGUUUCUCUUGUGGUCUGUGAGGUGGGCGAGGACCACAUCUGCCAACCUCAUAGUAGAGACGUCCUCUGGAACCCGUGCCAACCUUUUUUUUGUGUAGCUUUCUGAUGUGGCCAAUUUUGGGUGCUCACUGCUUUCAUACCUGCACAAAGACCAAAACCCUAACCUCUGUGCACCAUCUGCUUCUUUACAGCCUGUGCCAUGGCUGAACAGAAGUGCUGAGGGAAUCAAAAUCAUUGUUUGUCCAAAUAUUGCUUAAUCCGAGAGUUUUGGACUUAUUGAUUGUGCUUUUUAACGUUGAGCAGUGCCAGGUGUGUUGCAGCUUUGCUCUCAGUGUGUAUAUCAAGCCCAGAUAACCACUUCCUGACUCUAGUCCUGAGCUUCAAACAGACAUGACACUGACAUUUUCAUAGCACUUGUUGAAAGACAGCUAGUACUUUUGGUUUUGAAUGCAUGUUGUAGUCCUAACACUAUCACUUACAGUGUUAAAAGUUGACAUGAAACCUGGCUGAACUCUGCGCUUACAUAUUUUAGGGUCAUAGCUGCAACAUGGUUAUUGUAAGAAAAUGCACCUGAUCGAAGUACGUCCUCUAAAAGUUCUUGUUUUUGUCACUGACAGGCUCUGAAUGUUGGUCCAAGUGUCUGAUAAUUUUACAGCAAUAAUCCCUUAUGUGUAAUUCUUUUUUGGUGAGGAGUGAGAUGCUUUCUAAACUAAGAAACAUCUGUUACAACCCUCUCUUCAGAGCCACCAAACUCUGUUGGUAAAAUGAGUAACUUUGCAGGGUACAGGAAUUGCUGGUCUACCACUGCCUCGAUUGGUUAGUAAGUUUGUGCUUUUGUGUGUUACAAAAUGUUGUUAAACUGUUGGUUUUGGCCCAAACACAACAUUUUAAUAACACCAAAUAACACAAUCAAACUUACCAAUCAAGUCAGCGGUAGACCGACAAGUCCUGUAUUCUGCUGAGUACAAUUUCUGGUUUUGUUAAUGGAGCCUGGUUGCUCUGAAAAGAGUAUCAAAACAAUGUUUCUGGUUAAAUAAGAGAAACAUUUCCUGACCAAAACGUUUUCCUUCUGUUGGGAUCAUUUCUGUGAUGUUGGCAGACACUUUAGAGCAGGGGUGGGCAAUCAUGUGCCAUGGAGGGCCGAGAGGCUGCAGGUUUUCUUUCCAACCCAAAACUCCACCAGGUGAUUUCACUGAUUAGUCCCUGCUCUCUGCUUGAAGGUAAGGUAAUCAGUGAAAUCACCUGGUGGAGUUUUGGGUUGGAAAGAAAACCUGCAGCCUCUCGGCCCUCCAUGGCACAUGCUUGCCCACCCCUGCUUUAGAGCAACAAUCUGAACCUGUCAGUGGCAAAAACUAAAACUUUAAGUCGAUGUGCUUUGAUGGGGGGUAUUUUCCAACAACGAUUGCCUUUGCAGCCCAUUUUGUUGCCACUAUUUGAACAAAUCUUCUAAGGCAGCCCCCUAAACUUCUACUUUUGGUUUACACCCUAAAAUAUGUUUUAAAAGAGUCUGGUCUAGAUAAAUCUCCUAAAUUUGAUUUUUGUAGCCUGUUAUGUGAUUUAUAUAAAUUAUUUUUUGUUGACUUAUGGCACCAUUUCUUACAUUCUGUUCGUGCUUGACAGUGAUCUCUUUAUGGGAAGUAUUUACUCAUGUUACGCUAUUUCCCAUCUGAUGUGAAUGCAGCAUGAAUCCUUCGUCCUUCUGCAGGACUCAGCUAGCCUUCAUCCAGUCCAUCUCAUGUAUUAAGUAUGGCCUGGCAGCAAUAAUACUCAUGGUACUGCCUUUAAUGUGAUGUAAGUUUUCUUCCGAUGUAAGUCUUGCGUUAGUUGCACUCUUAUGUUGUCCAGCCUGUGUUGUCUAACAGGACCACUAGGUUAAGCUGUGUGUCAGUCCCUAACAGUAGAAAUGUCGGUGUUGAGAGGAAAUAUUUAUUUUUUAACUAAUUUAUUUUUGUCACUUUAAUGAGCCACAUUCCUUGACUUGUGAAAAUGGUGAUUCGGUGCGAAGGAGGAUCUGUGCAGUUUUCUGUGUCUCUUAUGUUUCAAAGUAAUGACAUCCAAACUGUGGUAUGUCAAAAUUUGGGCCCUACUUUUGAACAGUCGUAGGUAUAAGAGGUGUGGGGAUUAUUCUGAUUGAUAACUGAGCAGUGCAACAAUGUAAUGGCUGCAUUUUUAAUCCCUGGGGAUCUCAGAGAAAAAAACAUUUUCUUUAAGCAUUUUAUGAACACAGAGACAGCUGCUUCACUGUUGUCUCAAAAGGCACCAGAAUCCACAGUUAAAAUCAUUUUACCCAGCAGAAUACAGGAAUUCCUAGUCUACCUUAACCUAGAAUGGAUACACAGUCUGUGUUUUUGCAUGUUACAAAAAUAUUGUAAAACAUUUGGUUCGAUUCUGCUGUUGUGACAUGAAACAACACAAUCAAACUUACCAAUCAACUCAGUGGUAGACCAGCAACUCCUGUAGUCUGCUAAACAAAGUUGUUGGUUUUGUCAGUGGAGUCUGUGGGUCCUGAAGUGUGAGUUAAAACAGUCUUUUCUUGUUCUGUGAAAGGCACAUAACUGAAAAGAGAAAGUAACUUGCUUAACCAGACUCAAUUGAUAAAAACAGUGAUAUCAGUACGCAGGUUAUGGGUGUUGUUGGUCUACCUCUGCCUUGAGUGGUUAGUUAGUUUGUGUUUUUGCGUGUCACAAAUAUAUUGCGAAAUUGUUAGUCCAGCACAAAAUAUUUGUGACAUAGAAUAACACACUUAAACUAACCAAUCAAGUCAGUGGUAGACCAGCAACUCCUUUAUUCAGCAGGCUAUAAUGGCUGUUUUUGUCAAUGGACUCUGGAAUUUUGAAAAAAAAAAAAAAAAGGUUUAGCACAGCAGAAAAAAUGGGAAAACUCUGGAACAGAUUCUAUGAACAAAAAGUGCUAUUUUACCUCCUAAAAAACUGGAGUUACUGGUCUACUUCUGCCAUGAUUGGUUAGUUAGUUUGUGUUUUUUCAUGUUACAAAGAUUUUGUUAAAAUUUUAGUGACCAACACAAAAUUUUUGUGACAUGAAAGUACACAAUCAAUCUUACCAAUCUAGUCAGUUGCAGACCAGCAGCUCCUGUUUUCUGCAAGGUAAAAUAACACUUUUUGUCAGUGUAGUCUGAAGGCUUUGAAAAUGGUGUUGAAGUGUAAAAACUAUGCCUAAAAGAGAAGGUACAUUUCUUUAAUACUGAUGUCUCUACUGCUGUCCAAAACUUUCAAUAACAAUAUGAGCCUGCUUCUUACAAAAAUAAGUUCUUUUAGAAAAAAGGAAUUGCUGAUCUACCACUGCUUUGAUUGGUUAGUCAGUUUUUGUUUUUGUGUGUUAGAUAAUACUGUGAAACUGUUGGUUCCGGUUUUGUACAGUAUUUUUUUCACGUUAUAACACACUCAAACCCACAGAUCAAGUUAGUGGUUGAACAGCAACUACUAUAUUCCCCUUAGUUGAACACUUGUGUAUGUCAGUGAACAAUAUGAGCUACGGGAGUUGUUGGUCUACCUCUGCCUUGAAUGGUCAGAAAGUUUGUGUUGUUUGGAGUUACAAAUAUACUGUGAAUUUGUCAGUCCAUCACAAAACUUUUGUAACAUUAAAUCGCUCAAUCAAGUUAACAGUAGACCAGCAACUUCUGCAGUCUGCAAGUUAAAAUUGCUGUUUUUGUCCAUGCAGUUCAGUUACUUUUAAGAGAGUUUAGAAAAUAUUUUUUCUGGAUUAAAAGGCAAAUAUCCAAGUUUCAACAGUUGUCUAAAACUUUUAAUACAUUUUAUUGUAUUGAAACCAGAUGCAACCUUCACAAAGCUCCUUUUAAAGCCACCAGACUCUACUGACCAAAAUAUCAACUUUACCUUAGAGGACACGUGAGUUGCAUGUCGACUAUUGUUCCUGUUGGUUAGUUUUUCCGUGUUAUUGUGUGACCCCGGUGUUCAAUUAUUUUAUGUCAUAGUAACACAAACAAACUAACCAACAGAGACAGUAGCAGACAAGCAUCUCCCAUGUUCUACACGGUAAAAUCAGUGUUUUAGUCAAUAGAGUCUGGUGUAUUUGAAUAGUGCUUUGUAGAGGCUGUUUGUGGCAUCAAAACACUCACGUUAUCAGAUAGGGGUAAAAAAAAAAAUUGGGCAAAAACAAUUUUUGUGGACAGAACCGCCAACAACGAAGAUUGCAGCCACUAUUUCCUGUUUCAUAGCAGCUAGCUUAAAAAAAGUCUCCAACUUACUCAUUAAGAGCUUGAAUUUCAAAGGUAGGGCCCAGGUCGGAAAUACUGGAAUUCCCUUAAAUCUGCUGCUAGAUGGAACCGAGUGAAUGAAAGCUCUUUGCUGUCAUGCUAAUCUGAAAUGAUUUUCUGCUUUGUAACUCCAUCUUAAGAUGCACUAAAUAAAAUGUAGCCUCUUCAUACUUCA